AUGUCGUCCUUGACCAAUCUCAUCAAACUACUACUACCACUUCUCUUCCUCGCCACCCUCUCUCCUACACCUUCACUGUGCUAUAUCAGUCCAGCUGCCGCAAGGGUACAAGAGGGUUCCACAGGAACCCUUGAUUACCGCACUUACAUCGUGCUCGUCUACCCACCUCCCUCAAGUGCCGCCGAAGUCGGGCAUCGUCGGUGGUAUGAGACUUUCUUGCCCAGCUCUCACAUCGGCGAAUCUGGGGAGCCACGUCUCCUCCACUCCUACACCGAGGUGUUCAGCGGCUUCACUGUGAGGCUCACUGAAGCUGAGCUCGACGCGAUGGCCAAGAAGCCAGGGUUUGUGCGCGCGUUCCCAGACCGGAUGCUGCAGCUCAUGACCACGCACACGCCGGAGUUCCUCGGGCUGAGGAGUGGCACCGGGUUUUGGAGCGACACACGCUACGGGAAGGGAGUGAUCAUCGGGCUCCUCGACUCCGGAAUCUAUGCAGCUCACUCUUCGUUCGACGAUCAUGGCAUCCCACCACCCCCGACAAAGUGGAAAGGCUCGUGCAGGGAGGUCAGGUGCAACAACAAGCUCAUCGGUGCCAAAUCAUUCAUUACCGGUGAUGACCGCCCAUUUGAUUUUGCGGGGCACGGAACACACACCUCAUCCACUGCCGGUGGGAACUUUAUUACCAAUGCGUCAUACCAUGGCGUAGGCAUGGGCACUGCUUCCGGAAUUGCUCCAGGUGCCCACAUCGCCAUGUACAAAGUGUGCACUGGGAUUGGCUGUGAAGAAUCUGCGAUAGUGGCUGGCCUGGACGCGGCCAUCAAGGAUGGGGUGGACGUGCUCUCGCUGUCCCUCGGCGGUCCCACCAGUGUGAGCUUCGACCAGGAUCCCAUCGCCAUCGGCACGUUCAGCGCGAUAUCCAAGGGUAUCAUUGUGGUGUGUGCGGCUGGCAACCAUGGUCCCACUCCACGGUCGGUCAUCAACAACGCACCGUGGUUGCUCACGGUCGCUGCCGGCUCGGUGGAUCGGAGAUUCGACGCUGGUGUACAUCUCGGCAAUGGGUUGCGCUUAAAUGGAGAAGCGCUUACCCAGGUGAAAAUGCCAACCUCAAAGUUGUAUCCUCUCCUCUACUCCGAGGAAAAUAGUUUCUGCGAGAAUGAGGAUCAUAUUUCCAUCACCGGGAAAAUCGUGGUGUGCCAAGCCAUGACACCGAUGCCUCAGUAUUCAACCAUUCGCAGCAUAAUGGAUGCUGGAGCGGCCGGCGUGGUACUGUUCAAUGAUGAAGCCGAUGGCUACUCCAUUCUUCUUCAGGAUUACUACUCGAGAGUGGUGCAGGUGGCCACAGCAGACGGGGUUGCUAUCACAGGUUAUGCGAAGUCGGCAGCGAGCAAAGCCGUGGCCACUUUCACAUACAACAACACAAUGCUUGGUGUUCAUCCAAACCCGAUCGUGGCCUCAUUCUCUUCACGGGGUCCAAGCCCUAUCUCCCCGGGCGUGCUCAAGCCGGACAUUCUGGCUCCCGGGCUCAACAUCCUCGCCGCAUGGCUGCAAGAAAAAAAAUCUGCAUCGAGGCCUUUCAAUAUCAUAUCAGGUACAUCCAUGGCAACACCACAUGUCAGCGGUGUUGCGGCGCUCAUCAAAAGCUUGCAUCCCGACUGGUCACCGGCUGCCAUCAAGUCGGCCAUCCUGACAACGUCGGACACCUUCAACAACAUCGGUGGCCCGAUAUUGAAUGAGAGGCACGGUAAAGCCAGUGCGUACGAUAGAGGCGCCGGCCAUGUGAACCCGGCGAGAGCCGCCGAUCCUGGUCUGGUGUACGAUCUCGGCGUAACUGAUUACGCGGGCUACAUCUGCUGGCUCCUUGGCAACAAAGGCUUGGCGACUAUCGUGCACAACUCGAGCUUGACCUGCGAGAAGCUGCCCAAGGUCAAGGACGUCCAGCUCAACUAUCCAACUAUAACUGUGCCAUUCACAUCAACGCCGUUCAUCGUGAACCGAACAGUGACGAACGUUGGGCCAGCGACAUCGACAUACAGGGUGAAGGUGGACGCACCCAAGUCGAUGACGGUUCGUGUUUCUCCGGAGACGCUGGUGUUCUCCAAGGCUCGAGAGAAGAAGACAUUUAGCGUGUCAGUCAGCGGCCACCACAUGGAUGAACAAGAAUCCAUGGAGGGAAGCCUGAGCUGGGUGUCUGAGAAACACGUGGUGAGGAGCCCGAUCAUCGUUGCCCUUCGAGUCGGCGGUCCUACUCCCCUGCGAUCACCAUGA